AUGAGCAAUGCGGAUACGCUUCGGCGGCUCGCGCUCGAUAGCCUUUCGCCGUCGCAGCGGCAUGCGGCUGUAUGGGACCCUGAAAGGCCGCUGCAGAUCUUGGCGGGCCCUGGCUCUGGCAAGACGCGGGUGUUGACAAUGCGCGCUGCAUGGCUUGUGCUGGGUGAUGCGGACCGACGCCCGAUCAAGCCAGAGAACUGUGUGGUGGUGACAUUUACGAAUAGGGCAGCGAGGGAGAUGCGCAGUAGGAUUAGUGCGUACAUUGGCCCGUCCAUGACGGAUCGGCUUUUGCUCGGCACAUUUCACGCGCUCUGUGUCAAGUUUCUGCGCAGGUAUGGACGUCUUGUAGGCUUGGCGAACAAUUUUACUAUUUGCGACUCGGAUGAUUCGUGCGUACCUAGACAUGCUAACAAUAGCAUACGGAUUAUAAAAGGCGUGAUUGAACAGCAAGCAGACAUGCUCAAAGAGAGCGGCGUGACCAUCAAGGCCGAGGAGGCCAGAACCGAAAUUUCGCGCGCCAAAGCACGGCUGCAGACUGCCGAGGCGUUUCGCAAAGCGUGCCCAAAUGCGCCAGGCAACAUGGAUCGGCAUACGGCAAUGGCAAAUGUGUACAAGGAUUACGAGCUGUACCUGCGCGGUAGCAAAGCGUGUGACUUUGACGAUUUGUUACUGUACGCCGAGCGGCUUUUUUGCCUGCACCCUGGCGUGUGCAGCAAGAUAGAGCAUGUGCUUGUGGACGAGUUUCAAGAUACGAAUGCUAUACAAUACGCGCUUAUGCAGCGUCUUUCUGCGGCGUCCGGACGCGUUAGCAUCGUCGGCGAUCCGGACCAGAGCAUCUACAGCUGGCGGAAUGCCGAGGUGAGUAAUUUGGAGAAAAUGGUUCACGACUUUUCUGGAAUAAAGCGCAUCUAUUUGGAGGAAAAUUUUCGGAGCACGGGUGCAAUUCUCGAUGCCUCGCUCAAGGUUGUGCAACAGGAUCGCAUGCGAAUCAACAAGGGCUUGUAUACUGCACAGGCUGAAGGAGCGCCAGUCACUUUUCGCACGUUUGAUACAGAGCUGGAAGAGACCGAGUAUGUGGCGCUGGAAAUAGAGCGCCAAAUGCAGCUUGCGCGCCCCAUGCUCCGCUACGCCGACUUUUGCAUAUUAUUGCGCUUCAACGCGCUCAGCCGUGGCUUCGAAGCAGCGCUGCGUAGACGGCGCAUUCCUUAUCGCAUGCUUGGCGGCCAACAGUUUUUUGAUCGUGUGGAAAUCAAGGAUUUGGUCGCUUACUUACGCGUGCUCGAUAACCCAGCCUAUGCUCCUGGCUUGUUGCGCAUCUUGAAUGUCCCAAAACGCGGUAUUGGAAAGGCAACGAUCAGUGCAGUGAGUGGACUUGCCUCAGCGCAGCGCAUACCCAUUUACUCGGUGCUCGAGCAGAUUUCCGCGCGCACCUCCGAAUUGUCAGUUCACGGCAGGGCGCUUUAUGGCAUCGACACUUUUGUUUCUGUAAUGAACAAGCUGCGCGAGCGCGUCCAGCAAGGACUGUCUGUGAAUGAACUGCUAACAUGUGUUAUCGAAGUAACGGAGUACAAGACAUAUUUGGAACGCGAGGGAGAUUUUGCGUCGCGCUGGGAAAAUGUGCGCGAGCUGCUAACUUUUGCAGCGUUGUGUGCGGGUGACGAUGAGCGUGAAGAGCUCUACCUGCCUCCCAAACGUACAAAGCUCGAUCCAGAGGAGCAGGAGGAAGAGCCCACGCCGCUGCGCACGUUUCUCGAGUCGAGUGCGCUUGCAACGGAUAGGACCGACGAUGAUACAAACGAUAAAGUAACCAUUGCGACGUGCCAUGCCGCAAAAGGCCUUGAAUGGCCCAUCGUAUUUGUCGCUGCUGUAGAGGACGGCACGUUUCCUUUUUACCGAUCCACCACGCCGGAAAUGAUUGCUGAAGAGCGGCGGCUUUUGUACGUCGCCAUGACGCGCGCCGCCUCUAACCUGUAUCUUUGCAGCACAAAGCGUCGAAUGAUGGCUGGCGAAUGGAGGAACCAGAAGGUGAGCAUGUUUGUUACCCCACUCAUUCCUUGUUCCCGGGGCGGGACUGGUUUGAGUGCGCCUACAAAGACAGAUGCUGUGAUGUGGUGCUUUACAUCGCCGCUCAUCCAAGAUUUUCUUCAUACUACUGCGCGUAUUCUCCAGCGUUCGGUACCUAGCGAAGAAGUACUGCAGCAGAACCGGAUUGAGUACAAGUUUUCCGACACGUGUACAUCUCUCGAUAAACUCGAUGCAUGUCGUAACGCUGCUUUGCAAUGGCGCUCCGAAAUGGGCAAUGUCGGGCUUCCAAGCAAAAGCGGGUUUCUGAGCGCACUCAACUCCCUCGGCUCGGCAGCGUUGCAGCAUGGGUCGAAUCUUGGCAUGCGCUCAACACACGCCGCGCCGGCUGAUCUCCAGCAAAGUCAUGGCCACCGACGGUCAAUGUCAAGCACGACACAAAACGCGAGCAGUGCUGCGCCGCAAGCGCAUCCGCUUGCGCGCUUUACAUCCAACAACACAGCUCCGCAGCGCAAGCGAGCACUGGGUAUGGUGCGUCGUCGGGCUGGCCCAGGCCUGAGCUGGCCACCCCAGAAGCAUUAG